GUUUCUUCACAAAAAACCAUUUUCAAGUGUGGAGCACUUUUUGAUGGAUUUAUUUUCAAUUGAUUAUAUGCCUUAAACAGAAUGAUGAAAAUUUUGGCAUUCCUUGUUAAAGCAUUUAGCGACGACUGUGAACAUAAAAUAUGCCCUCAACACUCUCAUUGUUUGAAAACAUUGGAUGGAAAUUUCACAUGUGUCUGUAAUUAUCUAUUUGCACCUGAAGAUCUUGACCCAAAAGUUCCACUUGAAUGUCGUUUCAGUUAUGUCAGCUUAACACUGACUCUGGUCUUCACAUUAUUGAGUCUAACCUGUAUUACAUGGAUAAUAGUCGCAAUAUGUAAAGCAUAUCAACAGAGAAGACAGUAUGAAGAUGUUGGAUGCACACAAUACCACGAUGAAUUGCGACCAUCAAGAUCACCUUCUGUGAACAGCCGAGAAUCAAUCAGAAGCUCAUCAACGAGACGAUGAGAGUAGAGGAAUACAAACUCACCAGUAAUUAAUACUAAUUUACUGCCAAACAAUAGUAAUCUUUUUUCUAUUGCAAAUCAACAUUGAUUCGGUUGCAUUAUUCAGGCUUCAUCAUUAACUUGUAUCAAGUAGAACUUAUGAAAAUAAAAGUUUCAGAGACAUACAAUCGAUGUUAUCCAAUAAUAAAGUCUAAUGGUGUUUCUUUUGUAUAUCUUUCACGAAUAUACGUCUACCAUCCAUUUUCCUCGCUACACUGAUAUUGGUGUUCACAAUAUUCAAUUUCUAUGACGA